AUGAAUAAAUACACUCUUGGAGUAGAACCUUGCAAAACUUCGUCGGUGCAGCUGAAAAUUACAGGGAAAGAAGGGGAGUUCUCUUAUUCUUCAAUGUUAAAAGAAAUCAAGGGAGAUGAAGAGAUUGUUUCUGUUGCUGCAACACUUAUAUGGGUUUCUUCUUGGUUUUUCUUUACUGAUUUGAAGAAGAAGAAAAGAAGGUGCAUUGUUUACUGUUGCAUAUUGUUGGAAGUUCGUAUUGCAAGGAUCACACGUGGCCAUCAUCAUCAACAACGAGUUAUCAGAUUGAAUGUACAAGAGAAGGGUUUGGCUAGGAACAUAUCUCCUUCCAUUGGGAAUCUCACUUUUCUUCAUUCCCUCAACAUCGUGAACAACAGCUUCCAAGGUGGAAUCCCCCAAGAGAUCGGUAAUUUGAUUCAACUCAAAGAAAUUUACUUCACCAACAAUAGUCUCCAAGGAGAACUUCCUACCAGCUUGGCCAACUGUUCUCAUCUAAGAGAAACUCACUUCUCUUAUAACAAUCUCGUUGGGAAGAUUCCAGUUGAAGUAAUUACAUCUUUGCCAAAGCUGGAGAUACUUUCUAUUAAUUAUAAUGACUUGACAGGAGAAAUACCAACCUCUUUUGGGAACAUUUCCUCCAUCAGAUUAAUCUCUCUAGAUGGAAAUAAAUUGCAGGGAAGCAUUCCAGAAUCCUUUGGUCGGCUAUCAAACUUAUACUUUCUAGGACUUGCUUUAAAUAAGCUAUCUGGUAUGUUCUCUGUCUCACUCUAUAAUCUCUCAUCUCUUGAAGUUAUUUCUGUAGUAGGAAACCAACUGCGUGGGAGUCUUCCACGAGACAUAGGCCUCACUCUUCCAAAUCUCCAAAAUCUACAAGUAGAAGAGAACCUUUUCUCAGGGAGUAUUCCGGAUUCCAUCUCCAACAUGUCAACACUCAAAAUACUUGGUCUUGCUAUGAACAACUUUACUAGAUCAGUCCCUAACAACUUGGAAAAUCUUCAAAACCUUCGAGUAUUCCUUAUUGGUGGAAAUCAAUUUGGAACAAAGGAAGAAGCUGAUGAUCUUGAUUUUGUAAAUUCGUUGCUCAAUUGUACAAAUUUAGAGGGCUUGGACAUAACCAGAAAUGCUUUAAGGGCCCCCUGCCCUACUUUAAAACCAAUCUAUCAACACAGCUCUCACAAUUUGAUUUAG